CAACGGGCGCGUCCAAUAAUGACUGGGGGAUCCUGGCAAGUAACAUGACUAAAAAGAAGCGGGAGAAUCUGGGCGUCGCUCUACAGAUCGAUGGGCUGGAGGAGAAGCUGUCACAAUGUCAGAGGGACCUGGAGGCCGUGAAUUCCAGGCUCUAUGGGCCAGAGCUGAGCCCAGAGGCCAGGAGGUCUCUGGAGAAAGAGAAAAACAGCCUGAUGAACAAAGCCUCCAACUAUGAGAAGGAGCUAAAGUUGCUUCGGCAGGAGAACCGGAAGAACAUGCUGCUCUCUGUGGCCAUCUUCAUCCUUCUGACCCUCAUCUAUGCCUACUGGACCAUGUGAGCCUGAGAUUUCUCCAGAGUCAGCACAGACUUCCCCUCAGCAACCUGGUCACAGCCAAGCAGGCCCUUCAUGCCUCAAGAGGACCUAGGUACAGGGGCAUUUCUUCCCUACCCAGACACUGGAGAAGGGCUUCCUAUUGGCCCAGCCCCUCCUGCUUCCAGGUGCUGUGUGGGGCCUGGGUCUCCAGAAGGACUUUGUGCUGGCUCCUCCCUUAGCCCAAAGGAAAGGCAAUAAAGAACAGCCAGGAUAUUCCUGACUGCUGAGUAAA